GCCGCAUUCUCGAGCGUUCGUCUCCGCGUACGGCAGCACGUUCCGCGCGCGCGUCACCGAAGUGCGUAUUUCCUUUCGCGAGGAGGGUGGAGCCGCUGCCAUUCGGGAGCGAGUCUACCGGGCGAGGAGGUUAGGUCGACGCGCGCCUCUUCUCCGCGGCGGGGGACGAGGCGACUGCCGAUCCCCGGUAGGGGAUCCCCGGGCGAGGAAAGGAGACAAAGGGCGGAGGUAGGCCGAGAUACGCUCGCAGCGGUCAGUGGGGAGUAUUCGUGCGCCGUCCAGGGAACGUACUCGGGGCGCGUUUGGGUGGGCGAGAGUGCGAAUCUCCGGGAGGGCAGAAAGGAGCGGACCCUCGACUCGGGCAACGGCGCCCUUGGGGCGCCCCACCGGCCCAAGAUGAUGGGUAAGCGGACGCAGUGCUACCUCUGCGACCUCCCCAGGAUGCCCUGGGCGAUGAUCAUGGACUUCUCGGAGCCCGUCUGCCGGGGGUGCGUCAACUACGAGGGCGCCGACCGGAUCGACCUGGUCCUCGAGUCGGCGAAGCAGCUGAAGAAGGCCCACGGCUUCCAGGACGCCCGACCCUCGGCCUCGAAGACGUACCGCGCCUCGGCACACGGGGAACACAACGGGGGCACCAACCUCGACGUCCUCCCCAUCCAGAACGCCGCGGCGGCCGGCCAGGGUCACUCUCGGCACCACAACAUCGCCGGGUACUCCCAGCUCCACCAUCGCAACUCCAUAACCGAGUUCAACUCCGGGACCAGGCAGCAGCAGCAGCAGCAGCAACAGCAGCAGCAACAGCAACAGCAGCAGCUCGCCAGACACGAGGACACCCACGAGAUGGCCAACGGCAUGAGGGGCAACAACGUCCGGAUCUCGAACGCCCACCUCGCCGCCGUGGCCCACCACGUCAACCUGAGCCACACUCGUGGCAUCACGCAGCUCAAGAGGACCAUCAGCGCCAUCGACGAGGACGAGCACGCCGAGAAGAGGCUCUCCCUCGAGGAGCAACACCCCGUGAGGCCUCCCUUGACCAGGGGAGACUCCCUGCCCGCCGUCAGUCUCGCCGUCAGCUACGUCCAGGACCGCUCCAAGGAGAAACACCCCGUCAGGGCGCCCAGCUUCGACACGGCCACCACGUUCAAGGCCAACGGCGCCUACGUAGGUCCCUCGAUUCCGUUGGCACCGGCAAACGUGGCGACGAAUGGCGGAGGUUCUCCACUUCGUCCAAGAACGAGUCCUCCGCCCCCGCCACCUCCACCUCAGGAAGGAUCCGCUGGAGAAAAUUCGCAGACCAACCACCACCCGGUUAGUAGACACCUAAAUGAUCCAAAGACAAUAACCACUCUCCAUACAUUCGUAGAAUAA